AUGACGUUCGCCUUGGCGCUGGUAGUGGUGUGGUGGGCGUGUGGCGCGCGCGCUGGUGAGCCGGUAUUCGACCCCAGCACGCUGAUGCGCCUGGUGCUCGUGCCCGCGGAUGCACCUGUCGGCUCCGUCAUCUACCGCGUGCGCGCCUCUGAUCCUGAUUUCGACUACCCGCUGCACUUCGAGCUGAUUGGUCAAAUGGGACGCCUAGACAUUGGUGUUGAGACUCUCCCGUGCACUCGGUACAAUUCCGUAUGCCAAGCUAAUAUCAUCUUGCUGCGGCGACUAGAGCCCGGCCGCUAUGUGGACUUCCGAUUGUCGGUCCGGAACACCCGUGGACGAAGCACGCGCAUCGCCUGCUCAGUAACCGGGACCAAUGCCACUACGCCCAGGGACACUAUCUAUCCUCACCAGCCAGGCAUUAUUUUAGUGCCAGAGGACGCCAAACGAGGAACCGAUCUAGAGAUAGUUAUCGCGCGAAAAAAUCCUAUAACGCCGAAACCUUUGGAACUUGAACUAUGGGGAUCACCGCUGUUCGCUAUUCGUCAACGACGCGUAUCCGCUGAAAACACUGAAGGGACUAUAUUCCUGGUCGGACCCCUUGACUUCGAAGCUCAGUCCAUGUACCAUUUGACACUGCUGGCUGUGGAUCCAUACAUAGAAGUAGGAAAAGACACAAGAAAUAUCGCAAGCCUGGAAAUUGUCAUCGUGGUACAAGAUGUUCAAGAUAUGGCUCCAGUAUUUACAGCGGCACCACCCAUCACCCACCUGCCUCGGCAGGUGGCUCCUGGCGAUAUGGUUGUGAGGGUCAGAGCUGAAGACGGGGAUAAAGGAGCUCCCAGACAGAUUAGAUAUGGACUAGUUUCAGAAGGAAAUCCUUUUACGCCGUUCUUUAAUAUUAAUGAAACAACAGGUGAGGUGACUUUGGAGCGUCCUAUUGAGGAAAUAGCAGCGAUCUCGCAUGCGGGUGCUCCUAUUCUUCUCACCGUGGUAGCAGAGGAGGUGCGUUUGUCCAGAGAAGAGCCAGAAGCGAUGUCUUCUACAGUACAGCUCGCAUUUAUAUUGCCCGAGCGGGAAAAUUCGCCGCCGUACUUUGAGAAUGAAUUCUACAUCUCUUAUUUGGAUGAAAACGCACCUCAAGGUACGGCGCUGACUUUUAACGAACCAUAUAUUCCCCAAGUCAAUGAUAACGAUUCAGGCAAGAAUGGAGUAUUCUCGCUGUCACUCGUGGGUAACAAUGGAACCUUUGAGAUUUCACCAACAGUCGCUGAGAGACAUGCCCAGUUCAUCAUCAAAGUGCGAGACAAUACAAUGCUCGACUUUGAAGCGAGGAAAUCUGUUAUUUUUCAGAUACUAGCACAAGAGCUGGGUCCAGCUACAAACCUGUCAGCUACCGUAAAUGUUACAGUGUAUCUGAAUGACGUCAACGACAAUCCGCCAAUAUUCUUAGCGCAAUCGUAUGACGUAGAACUCGCCGAAAAUGUAACCGCUGGUACAAGAGUCGUCCAAGUUGCUGCUGAUGACGUAGAUACAGGGUCAUUCGGCAAAGUACAGUUUACUGGCAUACUAGGAUACCUCAACACUUCCUUAAACUUGGAUCCUAUAUCUGGAGUCAUAACUGUCGCCACAAACAAUCAUGGCUUUGACCGUGAAGCCAUGCCAGAUCUGCAUUUCUUAGUAGAGGCUAGAGAUAAUGAUGGAGUAGGUUUAAGAGUAACAGUGCCAUUAAUUGUUAAGUUACUAGAUGUUAAUGAUAACCCACCAGAAUUCGAGAGGUCAUUGUACGAAUUUGUACUAUCGCCGACCUUGAAUAAUUUCACUUCGGCAGCUUUUGUGAAGGCAGUUGACAAAGAUGCUGAGCCACCAAAUAAUGUAGUCAGAUAUGAAAUAAUACAAGGGAAUGGAAAGUUUGCUAUAAAUGAACAAACCGGUGAAUUAUAUCUAUUAGAGACAUUGAAAAGAACUAAAAAGCAAAAUGUACAGAGACAAAGACGACAGUCUGAAAAUCAGGAAGAAAGUGAAGUAUAUACUCUGAGUAUCAGAGCGUAUGAUCUAGGUAUUCCUAGAAUGUAUUCUACCACUGCGGUGAAGAUAUAUCCCCCAGAAAGUAAAACAAGGACCAUGUCCUUCAUAGUUCCAGGAGCAAAUCCCGAUAAACAAAAAUUAGAAGAAGUUUUAAGUACACUUUCUGGAGGAAAGGUAACAAUUAUUGAGAUUAAACCUUACAAGGGGUCCGAUAAUGGUGCUACAGGAUCGAAUGGGCAGCAGUCUAAUCAAGAAAAGAGUGAAGUGAUUGCCAUUGUUCGGAUGACUGAGAACACUGCUAUUAACGUAGCUAAGUUACAAGAACAACUAGCAAAGAAUGUGACUGUAUAUACCACUGGCACUAAUUCUGGCGGUGUUGCCAACACUAACAAUAAUAUUGGUUCAGGCAGUGACACAAGUUCCAGCAAAUCUGAUAGAACAUCUACAGCUACAGAUGGUGGUGAUUCUGGUAUAUACAGAGCAGAGAGCCGUUUACUAUUUUGGCUGUUGAUAUUAUUGGCGAUAUUAGUAGCCCUAGUACUGUUACUGCUUAUUUGCUGUUGCAUUUGUGAAGGAUGCCCCCUUUACAUGCCUCCAAGGAAAAGAGUGAUACGUGUCAACUCCACAGAGGACGACGUGCAUUUAGUGGUACGAGACAAGGGACUUGGGAGGGAAAACAAGUCGACGCAAAAUAUAGAAAAUAAGCCCAUACAAUCAACUGAGUGGAGGAGACGCGAGGCAUGGAGUGCUGAACAGGCAGACUUGAGGACGAAACCGACGCAAUGGAAGUUCAAUAAAAGAAAUUAUAGAUCCAAAGAACCCUCUAAGCCAGCAUCAACACCAGGAGAUAUUCAUCAUGAGUUCGUACAUGCUGCGGCAGACAACGAUUAUAGAUACAAUGACAACCGUCAGUCAUUCCGAUUAAGAGAUGGACCAAACAUAAUAUAUACAAAAGAAAUGCAGAUAAAAGACGCGUUUGCCAACAAACACAAAGAAUAUAUUGAAGAUUUAGAAAAUGGUUACGACAGAAUCGCUACACUUCAUUAUCAAAAUAGAGAACAAGACAAUGAUUCCAUUCGUAGGCAUGAAAUAGAUCGCGGCUCCGAGGUCGGAGUAGUCCUCAAGUCUGAUGUUGAAAAAAUUAAGCAUGACAAGACUGACAAUAAAACUAAACUUGAAUUUCAAGAUAAAGCACGCGCCCCAUCUUCUCUAGGCAGAGAUCAGUAUUUUAUAAAAGAGGGUAAUACAGAAAUUCUGAGACUAGUGACGAGAGGGAAUAAUGAGGAAGAACGUUAUGUAAAUCUUCCGUCUCAUCAACAACGACCAGUAACAUUAAUUCCACAUACACAAUACGUUGUUGUUGAUAGUGGGAAAAAUUUAUUAAUGGAAAGAUUUAUAAGGGAACAAGGAGAGGAAGCAAAAAAUAUUCGAGAGAGAAUGGGAAAGGUAACAGAUUUGGAUAAUAUGUCUACAGGCAAAGACGCUAAAAGCGUAGGACAGCGCUCACUAGUAGGAAGUGAGGUGCAAAACCAACUUCAUGAGUAUACUAAUCUCCAUCCUGAUGUACCUGGGUUGGUGCCACUUAAAACUGAUUAUCUUCAAUCUGCAUUAUUAGAAAUGCAAAAUAAAUCAACAAUACAUCAAGAAUUACUAGAGUCAUCGUUAAGAAAACAAAAUGAAUUGUUACAUCAAAUACUUAUUGAACGUGAGCGAAUGUUACAGAAUCAAGAAACUGCUUCACAGGUGGAAAGUAAAUUAGAAACUCAAAGCUUGCCUGGCCACUCUGUAAUGGCAACUCAAACUGAAUGUCACAUAGGUACACAAACAGAGCCACCACUCCUUAAACCUACAAGACGAAAAGCCAGAAGUGACAAUGAUUCCUACAGUGAAGAUGAAUCUGAAAUGGUAUUAGAAGACCAAACAAAGAAAGUUUCUUGGGUAAAAAAGAAAAAACCAAAAAAGAAGUUAAGACACAAAGACCCUAGACGUAGUAUGAGAGUAUAUGAUUUAAAAAGAAAAAUAAAAACGCCUAUUAUCGAGGAAAGUGAAAUUUCGCCUUCUCUAGAAAGUGAAAAACAUGUUAAAAUAAGCAAAACAAACGAAAGAGAGGAAUAUGUGAGAAAUUAUGGUGAUGUCACCAAAAGUACAGUCACAACAUCAAAAAAUGAAACUGUUAGUUCUACGCAAAUCAAAGUGUCGGAUAGUGAUAGAAAACCAUCAAGACUAAGGAAAGAAGUGCUGAUGGAAAUUGCGGAUUCUUUAGACGAAAAAAUGGACUCCGAUGUAAGUGAAAGAAGGUUACGACUUCAAAGACAAACUUCUGAGUCAAUAGACGAUCAUACUUUGCCCACAAGUCCCUUGGCCUUAGAACAUGAAUCUAAUGAUAGUAAAAGUGGCAGUAGUUCAACCUCAAAAGAUAAUAGAAACUUGGUAUUUUCGAGACAAGGUUCUUCGACAGAAGCUCGUGAAAUAGCAGCUGAUCAGUCAGUCAUAAAGAUUAAAACACCUGAAAUAGAUAUAAAAUCACCAAAAGUAGAUAGUUCAAGUAAUUUAGAAUCUUGUAAUAAAAAAAUCAAUGAUGCUAUUAUUUCUACCAAGUCUUCGGAAACUGUUAAACCUGCAGGCAAAAGUGUGCCACGAUAUAUGCAGUGGUAUGGUAAUAAAAAAACAACCAGUGCUAAAGCAGCGCCAGCAGAAAAAGUGAUUCCAAACAAACCGAAAAGAUUAUUAAAAUCAAAAAACGAUGACGACAAAUCAGGUAGAUAUGGGAAGAUCAAUAGUAAAGACAAUCAAGGUGAAUCAGAGGUAAAAAAAAACGUCAAAUCUUCAAAAGAAAGUGAAUUUAUUCACCCACGUAUAUUGAAAGAGGGUAAAGUCACUCCUGUACCAGAGGGGCCAUUACCAGAUGUUCAUCCUCUUCUUCAACAUUCUGAACACAGGUACGAACAUCAAUACGAAAAUCAAAAUCCUCUUUGCUACAUUCAACCAACGCAUAUCCCUAAAUAUCUCGGUCAACAACCAAAUUUACCUUUGCCACGAAAGUCAUCUGAUCAACAACCUAUUUACGUAAAUCAGGAUGAUGUUAAAAAAGAGACAACACAAGAUAUAUCGGAGAGCGCGCUCACUCAUAGCAUAUCCAUUUCUACUAAUUACGAGGAAGAUCGGAAAAACCCAGAAGUACAUGUUUCGAAAAUAAAUAUAGGGGGUGAUAACGUACCUGAUAUACCACAUAGAAAUUUAACAUCCAAAAUAGAUGAUAAUGAUUCGGGUAUAGCUAUGAACACCUUAGUACAACAAAAUAUGAAAAGAUUACCAAUCACAGAGAAAAAAAGCGUGUUCACAAUAGCAUACGACGACGUUCAAACAAAACAACUAAGACCAGACAGUAGCUCGACUUCUUACUAG